UUUUCUUAUCAGCCGUUGACGUUGGGAGAAGGAAGAGAGUGGAGGCUUGACUGUUGUAGCGUGACUAGCCAGGGCUUUCAACCGAAUCUGCACCUUGCAAUUUAUGCCUUGGUUAGUACCAGUGGGUGACGUAAGCCGAAAACCCCCCUUAAACCCCUUUCCACUUUGAAAAGCAUACACACAUACUCUCUCUCUCUCUCUCUCUCUGCAAAAACCCUAACUGAAUGAAAUGGAUGAACCAAAUGAAGCACCAGAAAACCGAGAACUCUACGCACUUCUCAACUUGUCUCCAGAAGCUUCCGAUGAAGAAAUCCGCAGAGCUUAUCGCCAAUGGGCGCAAGCAUAUCACCCUGAUAAAUACCAAUCCCCUCACAUGAAAGAUAUUGCUACGGAGAAUUUUCAACGCAUAUGUGAGGCCUACGAGAUACUGUCAGAUUCAAAUAAGAGGCAAAUAUAUGAUAUAUAUGGCAUGGAAGGUGUGAAUUCUGGUUUGGAGCUGGGUGCGACUUUGAAUAGAGCUGAGGAGAUAAAGGCGGAGCUGGAGAGGCUCAAGAGGAUGAAGGAACGGGAGAAGAUGGCCGCGCAUUUUCGAUCUUCGGGUACAAUUCUCGCCAAUAUGUCUUUGCCACACUGUCUAAAUGGUGAUGGCCUCUUCAGAGGAAUGGCCAUGACAAGCGAAAUUCAGUCUGACUUAUCGAAGCGUGAUGCUAUUACAAUUGGUGGCAAUUUAGCAGUAGAUGGAAAUGAAGGUGGUGGAGCUGCCACUGCAGUAUUCAGGCAUCAAAUUUCUGAAGCUUCCUCAGUAGAAUUAGUGGCUUCAGCUGGUUUACGUGCACUAGUUGGAGUGCAAGCAUCUCGUACUUUAUCAUCACACUCAGCUGCAACAAUGGGCCUUGCGCUGUCUUUGCAAGAUGGUUCGUUGAAUCUUUCAAAUUUAUGGACCCGCCAAUUGUCAGAAACUGCAAGUGGACAUAUACAGCUUGCUUUGGGAACACAGUCGUCUAUAGCUGUCGGCUGGCAAAAGAAAGACGAGAGGAGGUCUGCUUCUGGGGAAGUAAAGUUUGGCACAGGUUCCUUUGAUACAUCAGUUCAUUAUACUCAUCGCUUUUCUCCUAAAUCACUUGGCUGCAUUGGAGGAAGAGUAGGAAGUUCUUCCCUUGAGAUUGAAGUUGGUGGUGGGAGGAAGAUCUCUAAAUUCAGCACCGUGCGCUGGUUGUAUACAAUAGGAAUUCAGGGUAUUUUCUGGAAAUUUGAACUACAUCGUGGGGGCCAAAAGUUGAUUAUUCCUGUAAGGACAAGCAGACACCACUCUGGAGCAUUGGUGGUUCCAGCAUCUAUGUACUUUCUACUGAAGAAAUUCAUCAUUAAACCCUAUUACCUUAGAAGGAAUAAGCAGAAAGCUCUAGAGAAGGACGAGAAAACAUCUUCACAGGUUAAAGAAGCAAGGGCAGCAGCAGAGAAAGCUCAGAAAUUACAAGAAAAUGUGGCUAACAGGAAAAGAAACAAGCAAUUAGAAACAGGUGGACUGGUUAUUAUGAGAGCACUAUAUGGAAAUGAAAGAGUUUUGUGCAACUUAAAUUCGUCAAGUGAGACAAGUCUUGAAUCAACUUCAGAAGUCAUUGAUGUCACCAUUCCUCUUAAUUUUCUAGUUAAUGAUUCUGGCCAACUCAAGCUUCAUGAAGGUGUAAAAAAAUCGGGCAUCAUGGGGUUUUGUGAUCCAUGUCCAGGAGAGCCUAAACAGUUGUAUAUAGAGUAUGCUUAUGCUGGCAAUGAAUACAAGGUUUCGGUUGGUGAUUAUGAAGAAUUAAUAAUACCCCAAGGCGCCCACAGGAUAUAGUGAUUAUUUUCGGCAUGAGGACUAUUUUUACCCCAUGCAGUUUUCCCUUCGAUUACAACAUUUUCUCCUGUUAAAUUGAAUGCAAGAGGUACCUUCUAUAAUUUUUGGGCCAUUGGUACCUUCACUUAUUUAUAUUUUUAAUUUAUUUAUUGUUGUGCCCUUCUUUUUGUUACUCCCCCGAAAAAAAUAAAUUGUAUAAUAAGGUCAUUUUAGGAGGUGAUUGUAGAAUUUCGUCAAGGCAUUGCGCAUUGCGCAUUGCGCAUUGCAGUAUGUUACGCAGCUGCUAAAUCACAAUUUUGAUUAGUGUUACUCUUGCUGAUCGGCUACCCAAUUUUAUAAUUUCACUCGAGGGAGAAAGUUCGAUCCCAUGAAUUCAUUGUUAGUUUUCAUUUGGGUUUGUACUUAGUAGUCGUGACAAUAACAACUGGGAAUAAAAAUUACAGUUGGCUCUUUGUGUUUGGGCUGGGACAUUUGUA